AUGUAUCCCCAGUCCCCACACAUUGCCAUUUGCAAACCCUUUCAAUACACUGUGAUCCUCACCAGCAAAGUCAUUGGCAUCAUCGGGGGCAUUGCUGUGCUGCGGAGCCUGUGCAUGGUGGCUCCAUUAGUGUUUCUUCUCCUGAGAUUGCCCUACUGUGGACACCACAUCAUCCCUCAUACCUACUGUGAGCACAUGGGCAUUGCCCGGCUAGCCUGUGCCAGCAUCAAGGCCAACAUCAUGUUUGGUCUUUUUGAUAUCUCUCUCUUGCUGUUGGAUGUAGUCCUUAUCAUUCUGUCCUAUGUCAGGAUCCUCCAUGCUGUGUUCUGCCUGCCCUCCUGGGAAGCCAGGCUCAAGGCUCUCAACACCUGUGGAUCCCACAUAGGUGUUAUUUUAGCCUUCUUCACACCAGCCUUUUUCUCUUUCUUGACACAUCGCUUUGGCCAUAAUGUGCCCCAAUACAUUCACAUUCUCUUGGCCAACCUCUAUGUGGUUGUCCCACCAGCUCUCAAUCCUGUGAUCUAUGGGGUAAGAACCAAGCAGAUUCAGGAGUGA